AUGAAAUCUAGAGGCCAUGUUUUGGAAAGGCCCAAAUCCAAAGAAUUUAAAGACCUGCCGAAGCUAGUCCCACCGGAACUUCCUUCAAGCAUAGCAGAAUUGCGAAACGCUUUACGUCAGUUAAAUAACGCCUAUGUAUCUCACAAAAAACACAGAUCAAAUGAACGGGUUCAUUCGUCACCUCGAAAUGUCGAGGCAUUUGUGAAUCUCACACACGGUCCUCCGCAUCGUAAAAAUCAAUUUCGGCAGGGUUGUGAUAAACAUGUGAAAUUAGGAGACAAAGAUCACAGAACAGCGCAUUCAUUGCGUCGGCAUUGGUCUAAAGAUACGGAAUCCGUGAGAACUGCAAAAUUAGUAGAUUGCGAAAGUAUGAUGUCCGCAGGUUCAAUGCGUAGCCGGUUGUCUUCAUGGGUAUUCAAAUUGGUCCCAAACCGAAUGCGAAGGAAAACAAAUGAUGUGGCCAUAAGUUCGCAGUCAGAAGUGCAACAAUUUAUACAAAAUAACUCCGAUCAGAAAGCUAUUUCAGCAGAUUUAAAGUCACAUCAGAUAGAUAAAGCAACUUUGGAGUCGAAAAAUCCCUACAACUCAUUUGGAAAAUCAACUAUUCCUGUGACAAAAGUCUAUGGUAGCCAAACAGCAUGGAACAUGCAAGCCAUUGAACCUGGUGAAAACGAAAACUUCGGUAAAUCUAAAAGACCGAAGGAUUUGAAAGGGGCCAAAUUAAAAGAAGAUAUCCAGUUGAGUUUCGAAUCAGGUGAGAACAUGAAACCAAAACCAGAUGAAAUAGAAAAGUAUAAGAAAAAACAAAAGAAACAUCGUAAACACCAGAACGAUACAUCUAUUCCCAUGGAGCAAAACGUCUCUGAUGCGGAUAAUCGAGAUGUUCGACAAAUUCCGAUGAUUGAACUGCAUUCUUUUCGAACCCAACCAAUCGAUCAGGAAGCAAUGUUACAAAAUACUGAAUUGAAUAGCUCUCAAAUGAAACACUUAUCUGAAUCGAAUAACGAGAAUCCGGAUAUACCAGCUGAAUCAAACAGACAUAAGAAGAAAGCAUCCAAACGACCGAAACCCACGGAUACAGAGGUAGACCUAGAGACUGGAGACCUGGAUAACGAGCACCAAAGGAGCCGUUCGAAAAAACACCGGACUGAUGCAACUCUGGAAAGUGAAGGGCAACAAGAAGAGGAGGAAUAUCGGGAAAAACGAAAACAGAAACACCGGAAAUCUCUUGGAAAGCGUGACAAUGGUGAUCGCGAUCGAUCUGAAUCCGAUUUGGAAAAUAUACAACGAAGCAGAAAAUCUCGGCGGUCACAUCAGGCAAGGGAUUACAAUGACGAAGAUAUGACCAUGGAGCACCAA